AGCCAUCCGAUCCGGCCGGCUAUCCAGCUGCCCCUCCGCAGCGCCACCCCGCCUGAGACCCAGACGUCGAUCCAGACAGCAAUGGCCGUGUGCCAUGGGGAGCGGAGCUCCUGCUCUGCUGUCCGCUCACGCGUCGCUGUUACCCUAACUGUUACGUACGCCCGCGCGCUUCCGUUCCGUUCCGUCCAUCGAUCCCCAUCUUCUCUUCUCCCCUGACGACGGGCCGGCCUCCUCUUCCUCUUCCUCUUCCUCUUCCUCCCCCUGACCGGCUGACCCCUCCCCGCCCUCUCUCGGCUACUACUUAUACAGCCAGCAACCCCCGCCCCCCUUCCUCCAUCUCUGCAACCACUACCAUCGCUUCUGCACCACACUUCUCUCUUCCUCUCGUACACGACUUGAUCGAGCUCAUCAGCUACCCGUCGAUCGACGUGGUCUGAUCGAUCCCCUCAACGUGCGCGGCAAUGAGCGACCUGAGCUCGGACACCUCGUCCACCACGUCGUCCUACUCCUCCUCCCCCUCCACGUCCUCCAGCUCGCGCAAGAGCAGCGGCGGCGGCAAGAGCAGUAAGCGGCCGCGCGCGGACGACGGCGGCGCGCCGCCGGCGUACCGCGGCGUGCGGAUGCGGGCGUGGGGCAAGUGGGUGUCGGAGAUCAGGGAGCCCCGCAAGAAGUCGCGCAUCUGGCUCGGCACCUUCCCGUGCCCGGAGAUGGCCGCGCGCGCGCACGACGUCGCCGCGCUCAGCAUCAAGGGCGCGCGCGCCGUGCUCAACUUCCCGGACCUCGCGCCCGCGUUCCCGCGCCCCGCCUCCCUCGCCCCGCGCGACGUCCAGGCCGCCGCCGCGCGCGCCGCGCUCAUGCAGCACAGGCACCAACCCGGUGGCGCCGCCGCCGGCACCGACUCCUCCUCCUCCUCCUCCCCCGAGCCGGCCGGGGGUUGUGCGGCAGCUGCUGCGGCGGCGGACGACGCCCAACGACCUGCAGCUGGCUCCAAUGGCCAUCGUCACGACGAGCCGGAGCCGAGCCCGGCGGAGCGGCAGCCGGCGCAGGUGGAGGUGGCCGAGCUGGUGUUCGACGAGCUGGCGCCGCUCUGGGUGGAGGACGUCGUGGAGUUCGGGCCGUCCGAUCACCCGUGGACGCCAUACGAUGGGCUUGACGCCGUCGGAUUCCAGCCCCUCCUGUGGGAGUACUAGGCUGCUGUGUACAUGACUUUCCUAUUUUUGGUUUUUGGCUUGUGUGGUCUCCCCCCCCCCCCCCC